GGAGAGAGAGAGGGAGACUGAAAGAGAUGACUCAGUCUUGGAAAUUGUCAAGAGAGCAUGGAGCAGGAAAGGAACGGUGCAGUCACAUCUGCGUCAGCUAAAACCCGCUAAUGCGAUCAAGAUGAGUGUCUGCUGCUGCUUCUCGCAACGCAUCACUCACGCUCCAUCCAUCCUGCUUUUUCGAACCGGCCUAGUCGGGAAGCGACCAUCACACCUGAUCCGGGAACGUGAACUCUUUUGAAAGAGAAGACACAGGAUUAGACGGUUAAGGGAUGGGGGAAAAAAAGCAUCUGAUUUACGAAUGAAGAGCUAGGAGACGCAAAUUGCUUCCUUGUCAUGGACCUCUGGAUUUUAUGGUUCACUCUCCGAAACAAAGUUCUGGUUCUUGGCGAAAAUUAGUUCUGUCACUCAUCAUCUUGUUGGGUCUGUCUUGGAUAGAAGGUCUGUUUAAUUUCUGAGGUGGAUUUUUUUACUCUCUUUCACUCCUCCAUAACUGGGCUGUAGAAACUUCACCAGGGAUGUAUGAGAUCCCAGUGACCCGAAUGACCCUGGAAUGGGUACAGUUGUGUCUAGAGUGAUCUCACCCUCUAAUGAGGAGCGUGGGUAAGAGGUUUUGACAUCACCAAGACAAAACAUUGCUGACCAGCAGAUUAAGGCACAGACCAGAGAGGAGACGAGCGCUCAAGAAUCAAGCACUUUGUGUGGGUGUCUGUAGCAGGACUCUAUGGAAUAGCAGAGGUCGUCGGCCAUGCCUGUAGCCUUGCGCACAAGGAGCUGGGAGGAUCAUGUAACACCACACACGAGGAAACAGUACAGCUACGAUGACCUUGACCUAGUUUGUUGCCACACCGCUGUUGGAGGCAGUGGUUCUCCUACAGGUCGAGAGAGAUGUGCAUCGAUGCCCGAAUGUUGCCGUCAUCAUCCAGGCUUUGGAAGUUGUCCUGGGGAUGAUAGAAACAGGCAGAGGAAGACUUUAUCUGGUACAUUUAAGGAUAUUGAAGCUAGUUUUGAAGGCCAAAACAAUCAAAAUUUUACCAAAGAUGACAUCCAUAAACAAACAAGAGAGGUGGACAAUAUCCAUUUAAAAGACAAUCACAGCCAUUAUCAUCAUGAAAGCCUUGAUGAAAUGCAUAAGAAAGAAAUCUAUGGUGAUACAACAUCCAUGUUCUCUGGCAGUUCUUCAGAAAAAUCUGUAAAAGAACAGGCCAAGAAACCAGAAUUUUCCACAACGUCUGAAACCAAGGAUAUCUCCAAAGACAUGGGCUUUUCUGAAAUUAUCCCAAAUAAGGAAGCGCUGGUGGAUUUUACAAGCAUGCCUGAAAGCAAUGGCGAAUCAAUGGAAAAAGGCGGUGAUCCUGUGGAAAAAGCAACCAUGCUGUAUCACCAACAAGUAAUGAAAGGAGGUGUCGAUGAGACAGCCACAGGAAAUGAUACCUUUAAUCAAGAGGCCUCACUUAGUGAUGCCGUCAUAAGAACUGACCUAAACACAGAGCUCACGCAGACAAAAUCUUUUCAAAUUCCUCAAACAAAUCAGGAUGUUUCAGAUUUUAUCCUUAAUUCUAACAUUCCAAACUCUAACCAUGACCAGGUAAUCACAAGCAAAAAUGAUCUGCAGGUUCACAACCUCCAAGCAUGCACAGAACCUGAGUUUCCUAGAAGUACUAAUAGUUCUGACAAGUCCAAAGACAAACUAGACACAAUUCAUGAGAUAUUAUUUACUGAUUUUGGAGAGGAAGCGUUAAGCCCAGUGAUGAACAUGCAGCACUCUCACGAUACCACAAACACUAAAGACAGUUCAGUAGAACAGCAUAACCCUGAAGCAGGACUUCUAGGAAUCCCUGGACUCUUGUCAGACUGUGGGCCUUCAUCAGAAAGCAGAACAGACUCCUCUGAUUAUGCACUGACUACAGAUGACAUUGAGAGAGAUCCCAAACCUCAGGAACUGCCUGUCAGGCUGCGCACACGGAAGAGCUCACGGGAGGAUAAGGAGUGGGAAAGAUCUCAGCUCGACUCCAUGGUCCUCCUCAUCAUGAAGCUCGAUCAGUUGGAUCAGGAGAUCGAGGAUGCUCUAGGCUCCGCCCCCUCCCCCUCCCCAAAGGACACGCCCACCGCCAAGAGGCGCUUCAUCUCUGAAGUGGAUUUGGAUUCGUUGGACGGAGAGGGGAGUCUCUCGGGGUCUUUGCGCUCGCUCAGCGCUCCUCAUCAUCACUCUUCAUCAUCGCUGUGUUCCGUCACGAACAGGACAUUUGCUGCACUUUCGGAAAAAGACCGAGCAGAAAUCGAGGCGAAGGAGGCGUGUACGUGGCUACGUGCUGCUGGUUUCCCACAGUACGCUCAGCUGUAUGAAGAUGGUCAGUUUCCCAUCCAGAUCUCGUCAGUCACCAGAGAUCACGACUUUCUGGAUCGAGAUGCCAUCGAAGCACUUUGCAGGAGACUAAACACUCUUAACAAGUGUGCCAUGAUGAGGCUGGAGAUCACUCCUCAGAGAAAAAGAAGUGAAGACUCGGAUGAAGAUGAGCCCUGUGCCAUUAGCGGCCGUUGGACCUUCCAACGAGACAGCAAGCGGUGGUCUCGUUUGGACCCAUUGGACCUGGAUGUCUUCACAUCUCCAGCAGGAGAUGCCAUCUCCACCGCUUCGUUCCUCUCCUCCCAGGAUAAGCGUCUGCCUGGGGGCCACCUCCUCCGGGAGAGGGUCAGUGCUAGCGCCGAAAGCGUGCUAACAGAUCUCAGUGAACAGCCCGAGGUAGGAUCCUUGCACAGUGCUGGAAGCGGGGGUCAUGGAGGGUCACGUAGUAUCACAGUUCCGUCCAGCCCAGCGAACACCUAUUCCAAUGUUGCUACAGCCUCUACAACCCGUGCCAGUUCUGUUGCUAGUGUGUGCUCUUCUGGGACUUCCGGUGCCAAUGAGGAUUCCUUUUCUGAAGGCAUUCCCUCACCUCUAGAACAUGGAACUUUUGCAUUUGAUGCCAGAACCCUCUCAAGAUGUAGUGGAGAUAGUAAAAGCACACGGUCACGGGCCAAGAGCUUCUUGAAGCGUAUGGAAAGCCUGCGACUGCGUAGCAGCAGCCUGUCUUCAAAGCGUAAGAAAAAAGGCGCAAUCAGCAGUGGAAGACUAGAGAUUAGUGGUCCAGUUUUGAAGGAAGGUUUGGAUGAGGACAAGCUGCGACAGCUUAACUGUGUCGACAUCGCCACACUGGAGCGCAGCGGGUCGCACAGCCGCAGCAUCUCCUACUCCACGCAGACAAGCAGUGGAAGCACAGGCAGCAGCAAUUCAGAGACAAGCAGUGGAAGUGCUGUGAGUACACCCAGUCCAAUCACAAGGGCACGGAGCCACAGCACAGCGGCAGGCUCGAUAAAACGAGUUGGGAUGUACCUGGAAGGAUUUGACCCAUUCAGUCUUGCUCAGGAAAACGAGAACCUGGAAAUUCGGAACUGUGGGAAAAGGCCUGAACCGAGCAUGACCACAGAGAACAAUCUACGGAACCGCAAAGGACCUGAUGAGAGGCAAGCGGAGCAUGAGAGGAUAGACGAGGAAGCUGGUGUGAUAUAUUUUUACCUUCCUGACGGGCACAAGCCGGGCACCUUUCCCAAGUCACUUGCCGAUGGCAGUUCGAGUCAGCGAAGCGACAGCAGGGCACACCGUAGGUCCUCCACCUCACUGGACAGUCGGUUGAGUUUCUAUGACAAUGUGCCCUUCCCUGAAAUGGGGGGUGAGGAAGAGGACGAACCAGAGGGAGAGGAGGAAGAGCCAAAGAUCGAGGACGUACUAGAGCGAGUGACUGGCUUGCAGCGACUGGUCACCACAUGGACAGAAUCAGGGCCUGGAGAGGAAGAGGAGGAGGAAGAGGAAGGAGACUCAGACUCUGCUUUGGACUCUGCUUCUCCUUGUCCUUCAUCGCCGUUGCAGAACCGAUUGAUGGAGACGGAGAACGGAAGCGACCAGGAGAGCACAGGGAACCCGCUAGGCGAGCAGGAUGACACCGUUAGCGCGAGAGAGAGACGGGACUCUGGCGUGGGAGCAUCGCUCACCCGGACUAACAGGCCACAGAAACUGCGCUGGCCCAGUUUUCAGAACUCGCACCGUCCCAGUUUGUCGUCGUCCUCGCUGCAGCUUGACUGUCAGUCAGUAUUGCAGAUGAACCUGAUGCAGAAAUACAGCAUGCUGAAACUCACGGCUCUGCUGGAGAAACACACACCCACCAACAAACACGGCUUCAGCUGGGCUGUACCCAAGUUUAUGAAGCGGAUGAAAGUGCGCGACUCAAAGGAGCGGAGUGUGUUUGGCGUGCCGCUGCAGGUGAACGUGCAGAGGAGCGGACAGCCUCUACCGCAAGGCAUCCAACAGGCUAUGCGCUACCUCCGCAACCACGGCCUCGACCAGGUGGGCUUGUUCAGAAAGUCAGGGGUGAAAUCGCGCAUUCAGGCUCUGAGGCAGAUGAAUGAAUCGUGCGGGACAGAAGGGGGCGGAGUUAGCUACGAGGGCCAAUCGGCUUACGACGUGGCCGACAUGCUGAAACAGUACUUCAGAGAUCUACCUGAACCGCUGUUCACCAGCAAACUGUCCGACACGUUCCUGCAGAUCUAUCAAUUUAUUCCCGUGGAGCAGCGUUUGCAGGCGGUGCGCGCGGCGCUGUGCUUGCUCCCCGACGAGAGCCGUGACGCUCUACACACCCUGCUGUGUUUCCUGAGCGACGUCGCGGCGAACGUGAGCGAGAACCAGAUGACCUGCACCAACCUGGCCGUGUGUCUCGCACCGUCACUGUUUCACCUGAACACGGCACGCCGGGACGCCUCCUCGCCCAGAGUGAUGAGCAGGAAGAACACGCUGGGCAAACCCGACCAGAGGGACCUGAACGAAAACCUGGCAGCCACCCACGGCCUCGCGCACAUGAUCCAGGAGUGCAGGAAACUCUUUCAGAUCCCUGAGGAACUCUCCCGCUGCAGGAACUCGUACAUCGAGCAGGCGUUAAUUCCCCCGCGCAUGGAGGACCUGCUGGACGACUCCCAGACCUAUAGGAACCUCAUUAAGCAGAGCAUGGAUGCACUGCUAAAAGAAGCCAAGGAAAGGUUCAAAGGUUACGACACCUGCUCGACACCUGAACAGGCUGAACUCGCAUGUAAAAAGGUGCAUGACGGCUGGUCUCUACGUCAGUGGAAGGUGUGUGUCGAGGUGCCGGCCGGAGCAGACGACGUCCUGCAGCGAAUUGUCCGUGAGCAGGAACGAUGGGAUGAAGACCUGCUGGAAAGCCGAGUGAUCGAAACAAUCGACAACACCACAGAUAUUUAUCAAUACGUCCGCAACAACAUGGCGCCCAAUCCAGCUACUGACUACGUGGUGCUGAGGUCGUGGAUGACUGACCUCCCUAAAGGUGCUUGUGCAUGUGUGUGUGUAUCAGUGGAGCACGAGGCUGCGCCGGUGCUCGGUGUGCGUGCCAACGUCAUGACAUCACGCUACCUCAUAGAGCCUAGUGGCCCAAACAAGAGCCGUGUCACACACAUCUCCAGAAUAGACCGCAGGGGUCGGUGUCCAGAGUGGUAUAACAAGCUCUACGGCCACAUGUGCGUCUCCGAGCUGGUGCGGCUACGAGACUCUUUCACCUGCCCACUGGACAAAUAGACAUUUACACACGCACACAUCUGGACCAAGGAUGAUGAAGAGUGUAUAAAUCGCGCACGGGGGCUUACAAAGCUGGCAUGUUAAUCCUUCAAGCUACAGAGGUCAGAGGUCGUGGCCUUUUCAUACCAAUAUAAAAGGUCACAUGGACACACCUGAAAGACUGGAAUGGACCACCUGCUGCUGUGACAUCAUUAAUGAUGUCACGGGAGGACUUGAAUGGGGGGGGGUACUGCUUCUAAGAAGCAAGAUGUGUGUGUGUGUGUGUGUGUGUGUGUGUGUGUGUGUGUGUGUGUGUGUGUGUGUGUGUGUGUGAGAGAGAUGUCCGAGUCUGACAAUUGAGACAUAUUCCAUGCACUGGCACCCUAGUACAGAACAGUAUGUACACCUCUAUGUGUGUGUGUGUGUGUGUGUGUGUGUGUGUGUGUGUGUGUGUGAGAUGGUGCAUGAUUAUUCACAGCUCUUUCACCAUAUCUGCCUAUAUGAUAGAUGGAUGGAUGGAUGGAGGGAUGUUCAUAAAUAAAUGAGAGAUAACGGAAUGGGCGGUGGCUGGAACACCUCGACAAAGAGCGAGUGAGGAGUGGACGUCCGAGUGCGCCGACCAGAACUGCUUUCAUUUCAUCACUUAUACAAGCUUGCGUACGAUGUAUUUAAAGGACCUUUUAAAUUUCCAGCUAUGUUAAUAAUGUUAGCUAGCUGACCUUUUUUAGUAAUUCAUUCAUUUUAUGUAAACUUGUAAACUAACGAAACAAAGAUUUUAUACCAGAUUCGACUUUAAAUACUUUAUUGCACACUAACAAAAAACGAAACAAUGAACAUUAACAUCAGGUUUGCUUUUGAAUUCGCAUUUGAAUUCCAAAAGAAAUGCAUUCAAUUAUUACUAUGCUUGUUUCCAUGGUUACGGUCCAGCAUAGUUACAUCAUAAUAUUAGUAUUUUAGAACUUUGAUUAAUAGCGAGUAAGUUCUAUGGCCGUUGUAUAAAAAUUAGCUAGUUUCUGUUAAUGCUAUUACGUAAAGCAGCUCCAAUUUCCGACACUUAUCAGGCACCGCGAUGUACUUAUAGUUUAAUAUCUGAUGGAACGGAAGCGUUUCUUGCUGGUGCACUCGGACUCAUUUAUAAAGGGGGGGGGACGUUACCGGACCAAAAGCUACAGCGAUUUCUCGAUUGACUGAUGGAAUAUUAAACAAGCAGGAAGUGUUUUGUAGGAAAACCGCGAAGCUAGUCUGGAGAAUAUUUGUCAUGUGAUGCGGUAAGGCGAGAGCGCUCUAGUAAUGGAGAGGAUGGGAAUACAAAAGAAUAAGGAAUGUGAAGAGGGAUCGGGUUCGCAGAGGGCAGAGUAGCUUAAAAGCACAAUAGCAGCUAAGCACAACAUUAGUUAAAGUUUCUUUGAAAUUCUUCAUUCAUGCUGGCAAGCAUCGAGCCGCCGUAAAAAGUUUGAUCGGCUUGGGCUCCGUGUCCGGGACGUAUGUAAAGUCCGUCGCUUUGUUGCGUGCUAGCAUGAAUGUCGAGUUAGCUAACAGUCACGUAAUCAUCACUUUCCAGCUGCUAGCCAUGAUGUAGGCUCCGCCCUCUGGCGCUGGUGAUGCUGAUGGUCACUAUCGACCUUACAGGGAGGAAAUGUGACUUUUUUUUUUUUUUUUUUCAUUCUUUGACAGUGUUAAUGUUAAUGAAGUAAUUUUGCAAAAAAACACUUAUUUAUGCUCAUCAUUCACCCAAACAUAAGACUUUGUACAUAUAAAUAUAUAUAUAUAUAAGAAAGAAACGCUGCUUGGUUUUUCCUCCACUUUCUCCACAACAACAAUUUCCUCAUAACAACAUCAUUUGCAUAUAAAACUUUGUCAAGUGUAAGAAAUCUGAAUGUUAACGGCAAAUUAUUAACAAUCUUUAAAACUUCCUAAACGCGGCAUUUCUGUGCGUCUCUGUCCGUAAAAGCUUCGCUCCGACGCCGGCCCAAUCUGCUCCUGUGCCAUAAACGUGUGUGUACGUUAAGACAGCGCAUGACUGAACGUUAAUUUAAGGCUUUGUGUAUUUAAACAGAUAUAUUGGGAUUUUUGUAUCUUAUUUUAUUGUAAAGGUUACCGCUUAAAGUUACAGAAGAUGAGAAAAUGGUUUAUCUUUUUUAUAAUUAAUAUUAUUUCUGUACAGAUUAUUCGCAAAGUGCACUAUUAAAGGUAUUCAAAUCAGA